CCGCCCUUCCCGCAGUCAACAACUGGAUUCCACAGCAAGUUGCGUUCUCCGUAGCUGCCUGCUUUCGCCAGCAUGCUAACGAUAAGUAAAUGUGUUCGUAAACGGGUAACUUAACCUGGAAGGACUUUUACUUGUUUAAGACGCGUUUCGUUUAUGCCUCGGAUUUAUAUGUAAGCUUAAAAGCAGCUGCUUCGGCCCGGAGAUCGAUUGGAAUACCGUGCGUUAGCCACAUCCGAAACAAGCUAACAACUGGAAUUACCGCUAGCUGACUUGCUGACAGCGGCUUAAUUCGUCUAUUUACCUGCAACGUAGCUGAGAUUGAUUGGGCACAACAAUGAACCAUCUUUGACAUUGAGUACCACUGAGGUUCUGUUGUUUGUAACAACGGAGUUACCCGAACCCUCAUAAAGUGGGGUUUGGUUGCCAUUUGAAGAAGGUGGAAAGUCAGCUUUCUCAGCUGGUUCCGAUCCAGCACAGCUGUCGAUAUGAUGCCGAUGAUACUGACGGUGUACCUCAGCGAUGGGGAACAGGCUGUGACGGAGGUACCCAUCACACCUGAGACGACGUGUCGCGAUGUCGUGGAGUUCUGCAAAGAGCCCGGCGAGAGCAGCUGCCAUUUGGCUGAGGUCUGGAGAGGCAACGAGCGGGCGAUCCCCUUUGAGCACAUGAUGUAUGAACAUCUGCAGAAGUGGGGGUCUCGAAAACAAGAAGUCAAGUUUUUCCUUCGUCACGAAGACUCACCUACUGAAAGCAGCGAUCAAGGUGGGGAAUCAGCGAGUUGAGCUCACGCUGUCAGAGCUGCAGGAGAUGGCCACACGACAGCAGCAACAAAUCGAGGCUCAGCAACAGAUGCUUAUUGCAAAGGAGCAACGCUUGCGUUAUUUGAAGCAGCAGGAGCGGCGUCAGCAGCAGACCGUGUCGGAGAGUGAAAAGCUGCAGAAGUUAAAGGAACGCGUAGAGAGUCAGGAGGCAAAGCUCAAGAAGAUCCGAGCAAUGAGAGGCCAGGUGGACUACAGCAAGGUCAUCAACAGCAAUCUGUCAGCAGAGAUUGAACAAGUAAGCGGCUUGUUUCAAGAGAAGCAGGCCGAGUUACAGGCGGCGGUCCUCAGGGUUGAACAGCUUAGUCUGCAGCUGGAAGAUCUGAGGAGAGGAAAGCUGAAUGGCGUACAGACUGGUCUGGGUGGCCAAGUAACUGGUGCUGCAGCCUUAGAGCUACGUAAGCUUUACCAAGAGCUUCAGAUACGGAACAAAUUGAACCAGGAGCAAAACAGCAAGUUGCAGCAGCAGAAGGAGCUUCUGAACAAGCGCAACAUGGAAGUGACUCUCAUGGACAAGCGCAUCAGCGAGCUGCGGGAACGCCUCUACAAGAAAAAAGCUGAGGCACGUCAAAAAGAGAAUCUUCCUCUAAAUAGAGCCAAUGGGCCUCCCUCUCCUCAACCAGCUCCUGGUACUCUGGGUCGGGUUGCUGCUGUUGGGCCUUACAUCCAGGUUCCUGUACCCAGUCGACAGGAUGGAGGCUACAACAUGCCGCCUGAUCCACUGAAGCCUCAAACACUAGGUGUUAAUAACCAAACAAACCAAGGACGCCCCAAAUCAGACGGUGUGCGAAAGCCUCCUGGCCCUUGGAAAGUGUCUGAUUUAGACAUCGUUGUGGACCCGGUACCCCCGUCCCUUCCAGAAUCUCACCCUGGAGCCUCCAGUGGCUCAGACGGCACGUCUCCUAAUGAUACUGGUUGGCCUGCUGUAGGGAAGAGCAGCACGACUCUAAAGCCUCCUGAGAGACGAGACUCAGGGAUUGAUAGUCAGGGCAAAAGCCCUCCCUCAGGUUCCCCAGUCACUCCAAAUACAGAAAAGGUGCUAGAUUCUAAAAUAUCCGUAUCUUCCCCUGCCAUAAUCAAACCACAGCCGCCGCCAUAUGGAUCCCACCUCACCUCUGCCAACACAGCCAGCUCCCUGGAGCGCCACAAAGAUGUGCCUCCCCCUCGCCCACUCCCCAACCCGCCAGCUCCUGCGUGGCCCCGCGCCCCCUCCUCCACAGGCUCGUCCUCUCAGCAGAUCCAGCAGCGCAUUUCAGUCCCACCGAGUCCCACCUUCCAGCCCAACCCGCCGCUUUUCCCUCCUGGGCUAAGUGAGCGUCUGGAUCCUCCGCCAGCUGUGGCGGUGCGCCCCUUCAUCCCAGACAGAGGAUCACGGCCUCAGUCGCCCCGUAAGGGACCCCCGACUGUGAACUCCAGCUCCAUUUAUCACAUGUACCUCCAGCAUGCGGCUCCAAAGAGCCAACCCCUAAAGCCUGCUCUCAAAGCAGUUUAUGGGAAGCCUGUUCUGUCCUCCAGCUCGACUCCGCCCUCUCCCCUGCCCUUCAUCCAGGCAGGUGGAGUCUUCCCCGUGUUUCAAGGCCAACCCGGCGGCGAGGACACUUUAGACGGAGAACUCGAUGACCUUGAGAGCUUCCAGCACCUGGAGCCAUCGGCGCCUCCUCCCAGUGUGGAGAAUAUCCUGCGACCGCUCAGUCCCACAAAGCUAAUGCCCAUGGUGCACUCCCCGCUGCGCUACCAAAGCGACGCGGACCUCGAAGUGCUUCGCAAAAAGCUGGCCAACGCUCCGAGGCCGCUCAAGAAGCGCAGUUCCAUCACAGAACCCGAGGGUCCCAGUGGGCCUAACAUCCAGAAACUACUGUACCAGCGGUUCAACAGUCUAGCAGGGAGCAUAGAGGGGAGUGUUGUCAGCGGAUCAGGAGGAAGUAAUGGCGCAGGCAAUGGAACGCCCUUUUAUCAACCGGCUCAUCCUCCAGGAUAUCUGGGAGGUGAUCCUCUGGCUGACACAGACAAUGGCAACCUACUCUCUGAGACACCGCUGGCACCAGCACCAGGGGAGGCCGAACCGGGCUCUGAGGCUCCGCCCACCACCACAGACCCUAACGACAACGAGCCAGUGCUCUCGUCGCCUGAAGAACCCAUAGAUCCUUCUGAAGACGAGGAACCAGAAGAUGACAACAACAAUAAUUUGGGAGGUUAUGAUGCAUCUUUACCCAGCCCUGUCCUGGAGGUCAGCACCCCCGAGGAGAGCGGCACAGCAGGUUCACAGCUGCUGGAGAAGCGUACAAACCUGAAGAAGCCCAACUCUGAGCGCAUCGGUCACAGCUUCAGAGUGAAGUUUAAUCCUUUAGCGUUGCUGCUCGACGCCUCGUUGGAGGGGGAGUUUGAUUUGGUUCAGAGGAUCAUCUACGAGGUGGAGAACCCCAGCACUCCCAACGAUGAGGGCAUCACACCGCUGCACAACGCCGUCUGCGCGGGACACCACCACAUCGUCAAGUUCCUGCUGGAUUUCGGCGUGAACGUCAACGCUGCCGACAGCGACGGAUGGACCCCGCUUCACUGCGCCGCCUCCUGCAACAGCGUUCAUCUCUGCAAACUGCUGGUGGAGUCGGGAGCUGCCAUUUUUGCAACCACCAUAAGUGACGUGGAAACCGCUGCAGAUAAAUGUGAGGAAAUGGAGGAGGGCUUCAUCCAGUGUUCCCAGUUUCUAUAUGGCGUGCAGGAGAAGCUGGGUGUCAUGAACAAGGGAACUGUGUAUGCUCUGUGGGACUACGAAACCCAGAAUCCAGAUGAGCUGUCGUUUAAAGAGGGGGACGCCAUCACCGUUCUGCGGCGCCAGGACGAGAACGAGACGGAUUGGUGGUGGGCACGACUCGAGGACAAAGAGGGCUACGUGCCCCGCAACCUGCUGGGGCUCUAUCCUAGAAUCAAACCUCGUCAGCGCUCCCUGGCGUAGUGUCUGGAUCCGCUGAGCCGUGUCCAACACCUGGACCGGCGAAACACCCGAGAGCAGAGAACAGAGGAGCCCGGUGCUCCAACUUCUCCCUGUGGCCAUAAACCUCUCCCAGCCUUGUGCUUCGACAAAACCCUCCUCUCUGAAGCAGAGGGCACUAAGCUCUGCAUAUACUCACAUCUGCACACACAAAGGCAGAAGCAAGCACUCCCAAAAGUCUCUUAAACGCCUCCAUCCCUGCUGCCCCUCGUCACACUUGCACCUCCGUCACUGUCCUGACACACGUCACUUUCAAUCAAACACUUUCCUCUCAGUAUUUCUUGCUUUGUUCGCACUUCAGCCAUCUCCCUAAUGAGGUCUGUGGUGGCACCAGUUUACACGAUACUAAUAACUGGAAUUUCAUCUUUAUGGGUUAAAAGUUGCUGAUUUUUAUCAGUGAAUUUUAAUUUGAUCUGUCAGAUGUAUUUUAAGGCCAAAUUUGCUCGUCUUGUAGACUUUAGCAGAGACAAUUGAUUCUAGACUACCCACCAAAGAGAAGUAUCAGUUUAACACUUUUAUUCCUGCUGGUCCCUAAAAAGCCCAAGGAAAUGUUGAAGAGUGAGAUGAUGGUUAGUUUGCUGCUGCAGCUCCCAAGAGUUCCUUGUUCUUAUAAAGCAAAAGUAAAAUCCAAGUAAAUCCUCAGUAUUACUCAUGCAGGCUAGUUGACGGAAUUCCAGUUUAUUCAAGAAAUUGCGAGCUCACAUAUUGUCAUGAAUUGCAUAAACAUCCAUGCCUUCUCCCCUUCUCCUCCCCAAAGUUUACUGUCUUCUGUUUAGAAUUUAAAUGCAGGAUUAUUGUGGAUAUGUGGCAAGAACACUAAUAAAUUAUAAUUGAGCCUUUGGAAAUAA